AUGAUGAAACCCAGGCUCCACCAGGAGAAGACAGACACCGUCCGCUGCAUCAAGUCCUGCCGCCCCAGCGACAUCAGCUGCAUGCGGGACCUGGUGCACACCGUCUCCCACACCGUCGUCUCGCUGCCCACCUUCCGCGAGUUCGCCCACCCAGAAGAGAUCAUCUUCCUCCGCGCCGUCAUGCCCGCGCACCCCGCCAACCACGCCGACAUCAUCUUCGACAUCACGGAGGGGAACCUGCGGGACUCCUUCGACAUCGUCAAGCGCUACGUGGACGGCAUGACCGUGGGUGAGUGGCCGAGACGUCCGGUCCUCCCGGCCUGCGUGCCACCCGGCGGGAAGCUUCUGGACCA